AUGAAGAUGUUCUUCGCGACCAUCCUCGGCCUUCUCGGCGCGGUCCUUGUGGCCGCCCAGGAGUUCCCCGCGAACAUGCCCGACUGCGGUAGAGUUUGUGGCACCGCCAUGCUCAACAAGGGCGCCGAGCUUGGCUGCCCGGAUGGAAAUAUUGCUUGCCUGUGCCGCAAUGUCAACUUCGGAUACGGCAUUCACGACUGCUCCAUCUCGGUCUGCGCUGGCAACAUCGAGCAGGCCAACAUCGCGAUUGCCUGGGGCAACGACCUGUGCCUCGCCAAUGGCGUCACCGCUAACAUUUCGACCUUCACUCCUACCCCGACCGGCGAUGCUACUGUCACGGCCACCGUCUCUGAGGUCACUGCCACCGUGACCAGCGACACCUCCACCUUUGAGACGACCUUCAUGACCACCGUGUCAAGCCCUUCGGUCGUGACCAGCACCGACACUGCCGUCAACACCAGUGUUUCGCCCACGACCACCGUGACCGCGGAGACCACCGUCGGAACCACCUCGGCUGCUCCCACUGAGUCGCCCGCGGAGGAGACUUCGCAGCCUCAGGACACGGCCACCACUUCGACCAGCACCGCCAUGGGCGCUCAGGCUACAGUUGGCCCGGCUCUGGGCUUCCUGGCCGCCGCUGGCAUUGCGGUUGCGAUGCUCUAA